UCGAUGAUGGCUGAUUGUAGCCUGAUAAUUUUCCCUCCGGGAAGCGGUGCCUGUCUUUCCUUACUUCGAAAUUCGCCUUCCUCUCCUCAACCUGGUCUAUCUAUUCUCAACUAAUCACCCUCCUUUGGACAUCUGCUACUCCUUUUCUUGCCGGGACACGUUACACUUCUAGACGAAGAACAUGCCGCGCAACGACUCACAAGAAUCACUGAGCCCCUCAGACUUUGUGACGAUAAAAUCGAAGCCCAGUAGUAUCAAGCUCACGGGAAUAAUCAUCCUACCACGCGCGGAGGACGAAGAAUCGCCUACGAGCUCAUCGUCGGACACCCCCCUACCCGGAUCCUCGUCCUCGUCCUCAUCGCCAGACCACUGUCACGGGGCCGGCCACACGCUACGGCGGACGAGCACGAGCAUGAGCGCGCUGUCCGUCUCCUUCGCCACCCUGCCCCACAUCCCCCCGCGCAAGCGACGCUCCGCUGCCCCCCUAGGCGUCGCUUCGCGCGGUGCGAUGAUGCGCCGGCGGCGCGCAGGGAUGCCCGGCUACGAUGCGAACGGGGACCCGCUGCUGCCGCCCGCGCCACCGACGUGGGCGGACGACGACGCUGAUAUGCAUACGCAGCGCAUAUUCGCCGAUCACGCGGACCAUGCGCAGCGCAGUGCGAAUAAUACCUCGCUCGGGACGGAGUCGGACGACCCUCUGGUGACGCUCGGCCGGAAAAUGAAGGGUGCCGGGAAGAGCUUUUGGCGCAAGAUGGGCCAGGGUAAGAAGCCCGCCCCGGGGAUGGUGGUCCAGGGACGCACGGAGACGCUGUUGCCUGAUGCUAUCUCCGGCGACCGGACGGUCGUGGCACAGAUAGCCGCGUUUGAUGGCUCAACUGGGGAAGGGGGUGUCUGGGAAGAAGAAGUCGGGAGCAGAUAUGGUCUGAAUGUCGGCCAGACCGAGACCGUUGCGGAAAGCCAGUCCCCGUGGAAACAGCUGCCGCCGGUCCCGACAGAUGAUACCAGCGACGAGACGAGCAGUGGGCAGGAACGCGCCAGCGACGAGGUCAGCAGCCCAGAUCAGACGGCCGCGUCGGAUGAUUCGCAAGAAAGUGCGGUGACUCCCGUGGCUGGUAGUAAAUUCUCAUGACAUGAUUUCUUCGGGGCCUCUACCUUACUACCUGGGCACGCACACGGCGGCACUAUUCCUCUAUCGUAUUCCACAACAGGAUCCUUUUUCUAUUCUCUAUCUAGAGUGCACAUCUGUAUGUUUUCCGCCGGCCAGACUGUGUAUCCGUGCACACUAUUCUGCAUCGCCUUUAUUCGGCGCGUCGACCCUGGUCCAAUCCGCCUGUUGCACGAGAAGAACGCCGCCCCCUCCGAGUGAUCUCUUAUUUGGCCAGUUUAGGCUCAGCGGCUUGCUUCCCACUGUCAUCACACUCUGCGCGGCCUCGUCAAUUUCAAGUCCGGAGCUGCUGGAGUGUGCGCGGGAAUGUGGCGAGCAUAAUUGACGCUAUAAAAAAGGACCUUUUCUGGCUCCUCGACGCCACCAGCUUUCCUUCCAGCUCUAAUGCGGGACUAGAUCCGAGAGAUUCGGAGAAGCGGUGAGUGAGGUGAGCAAAGCUUCAAUGGCGCAGAAGUCAACUCGGUUCUUCAAGCUUUCCUACCGACCCCUCCGCACUGCCAACUUUUCUUUCCAGUUUCAAUUAGCAAUGCUUUCUUGGAGACACUCGGCCCAUGCCUUGACAAGCCCUAGUGAUCUGGCAGAACCAGCCUCGUGCACUGAGAUUGUUGUCCACAGCAUUGCGGAGCUUUCAAGACAUCAACGCAUCCGUCCGGCGCGCUACUAUUACUGGACUGGAUCUUGAUGAGACCACGGCUUGAGCUUGUGUCCUGUAACGUGAUCUGGCUUUUUGGCCAUUGUCCUCCGAAUCCAGAAUCACUCGGGGACAAUUGCAAUUUCCGGUCUGCAGACAAUGUUGCACGCAAGGCUCUGCUGCUCGUGCAGGCUGCUUGCUUUCCCGCUACUCACUUGCAUAACUCACUGAGACAUGACUGGGGUAAGCGUUCCUCGACAGUAUUGGUCGGUGCCCACAGCUACUAAAGAUCGCACAGAACCCAGCAGAAAGAUCUGUUGAAACCUCCUUGAGCACUGGCGCCGCAUUGGAACUGCUCCGUUGCCGACUGAGCGACACACGCGCGCAGUUGCUCUCCCUUGAACGGCAAGAACGGGCUCUAUAACACAUCAUGAAUGCCGCGGUGCGGCGGCUGGUCGAGGCAGUCCCCGCUGAGAUUCUUCAGGCGAUAUUUCGACAGCUGGCGCCUGUAUUCGUGUCCUGCAGCAUGCAAGAGAACGAAUCCUUCCGGUGUAGUCCCACUCCGCAUAAUGUCGCCCAAGUCUGCCGCCGCUGGCGCGCUGUGGCUCUGAAAUGUCGCGAGCUCUGGACGACUAUGGACGUCCGACCGAUCUUUGCCAGGCUCCCGACACCGGCCAGCACACUCAGAGAUGACCCCGAUGGCCGGACGUCCCCCGCGCCGUUCUCGAGUUCCCCUGCACAUUCUCAAAGCCAGCUGUUCACAGCUAAAGAAGCAGAGCCGCAUCCCCCGAACCAACUCGCGCGAACGAACUCUGCUCCUUUGCGAGCACUGACGAACUUCUCGUCGAUGGGCUCUAUCUCGUCAUCGGGUCCGCCUCCGAAUCAAGGCGCUCUCAAGCGCACGUACUCUAAAGAGAUGACACUGGGGCUCGAGGCAUGUCGCGAUCUCGCCUCUCGCUCAGACUCCCCUCUGGCAUUUCUUGCCGUCAACUUGAUCCAGGACUUGAGCGAGCUGUCGAAUGUUUCCCUGACAGCGCUGGGCCGUUUCUGUGGCUCGGCCAUCGCGCAAGUCGGACUGGACAGGAUCGGGAAGCUGGGUGUUUGCGCGGUGUCACUCACUGAUCACAUCCGGGAGCUCCUCGAAGCAGAUUCGAUUGAGCAACUGCACACGCUGUUCGUGCAAGGCCCCGUGAAGCUGCUGCCGACGUUGGUUCGGAUUGGAAGUCUUCGGGUGUUGGCCUUGCACGGUUUGGCCAUGGAUGAGCAUUGCGUGAAAGCCAUCCCCUGGUCGCAGCUCGCUUCGUAUUCGGAAUUUGCUUGCACCUGGGCGGUCAAGGAGGAUAUGCGCGCCGCCUAUCACGGGUUGGACAACGUCGUCGAACUCUCGUUGGGCUCUGACGGAUGGGCGUUGCACGAUCAGGGUUCUCUGCCCCAUCUUCGCAGCUUCAGCGGGAUUCUGCUACAUAAAAACGCAGAUUUCUUGUCGCACAUCGACGCGCCUGUGCUCGAAUCACUCGAGCUCGUUUGUCGCCGGUCAUCUGUUUUGCACGGAGUAUACGAGGGCCUGAGCAUGCCCGCUCUCAGAUUCCUCCAAAUCCAGGUCGUCAGUAUCUGCGACGAGACGUCGAUCGACCUCGCACGCUUGUCUAAACGGUUUCCCAGCCUCGAGGAGCUGUCCGUUUGGGCACCGGAAUGGGAAGGCGCUAGCAAUCUGGUAGAGUGUCUUUGCAGCCCGCUCUGGGGUGAACAGUUGCAGUCUCUCAAAUUCGCCAUAGCCGAAUUGGACGAGAUGACGAGUGCUCAGUUGCUGGCCGCCUUGCAAAGCUUCCGUCUAGAAGGGAAUCUUUCAGCGCUGUCUUUGCUCCAGGGAGCGCCGGAAAAGGCUACGCGUCGCGGUGAUUUCUACUUUAAGAAGGGAACAAGAUGGGUGAAGGACGGUCUGGUCCAAAACUGAAUCACACACUUUGCAAUCUACGUAUAUUAUACACCUUACAAAACAUUCAGUCGUCAAGGCUCUUUCUCAGAAAGCCAA